CAAACACCACCCUGUGUUCCUGCGACUAUGGAAGAGACUAUGGAAGUGGUGCUGUGUGCGGUCUGGGUCGCGGCCUUCUGGUACGGCGAGUCGCGCAUCUACAGAUCCGCCGUUCGCUCCUGCCAAUGGUCGGCCUGGGAACAACAACGCCGCUCUCCCCACCACAUAGCAGUCAUCGCUGAUCCACAAAUCAUCGACGAGAACACCUAUACCAGACGCGGCCUCCUCCUCUCCCUCUCAAAAUUCUUCACCGAUCUCUACAUGCACCGGAACUACCUCUACCUCCACUCAAUCCUCCACCCAUCUACCACCGUUUUCCUGGGUGAUUUGAUGGAUGGGGGAAGGGAGUGGGGUGAUGAGGUUUGGGUGCCGGAGUAUGAGAGGUUGCUGAGCGUCUUUCCCAACGUCGCGGGAGAGAACAAAGUUUACAUGAACCUACCGGGAAACCACGACAUCGGCGUAGCAGACACCAUCCCUGGCACCGCAUUAGCACGCUUCACAGAGUUCUUCGGACAGACAAGUACCGAAAUCUCCAUCGGCUCCAAUCACUCUCUGGUCCUCUUGGACACCGUUUCCCUCUCAAACACAAACAACCCUGCCAUCUCCGCCCCCCCUCGCCAAUUCCUCGAUACGCUCGCAGCCCAAAUCUCUACCGAAUCAGAGCAUAAACAAAGGGUGUUGUUUACCCACAUCCCCCUCUACCGCGACCCAGACACCCCCUGUGGACCCCUCCGCGAAUCCCGCUCACCAAUCAAGAUCCAGAAAGGAUACCAGUACCAAAAUGUCAUCCUCCCCGAUCUCUCACUCGAGAUCCUCUCCAAGAUCAAACCGAGUAUGGUCUUCUCGGGUGAUGACCACGAUUACUGCCGCGUCACGCAUACUUAUGAUGAAACAAACACUGUAGACGAGGUGACCGUCAAGAGUUUUAGUUGGGCGAUGGGCGUCCACCGGCCCGGAUUCCAACUCCUCUCCCUCGACCCUGAUGGCGGGAUCGAAACACACCUGUGUCUCCUCCCGGAUCCGCUGGUGACGUUUCAAUGUUACGGCAUCCUCGCUUUCGUGACACAACUCGCGCUCGUCGUUCGAGGUAUCCUGGUCAUGCGAAAUUCGAGGCGAGGAUCAUAUACAGGACUACCCACGAAUGCCGACGAUGAUGACAAAUGGGAUAAGGGAAAGAAGCAAGAUAGAGUCGUUGUGGGUAGUUAUCUGCAGAGUUUGGGGAAGGUUGGGACGUUUGCUGCGGUGUGGUUUGUGGUGCUUGUGUGGUGGCAGACUUACUAGCUAUAGAUGAUGUUGGACAAAAGAUACAGCACCCGAGUAUUCCCAGCUGGUCUCCCACGCUA